AUGUUCCCUCCGCAGCAGGGCACCUCCCUCGACAUUGAAGCUCUUUCGGGCAUUUGUGGCUCCAUCUCGAUCGCGUGCUGGGUUGUCGUCUUUUCGCCUCAGAUCAUUGAGAACUUCCGCAGAGGUUCUGCCGAUGGACUGUCGAUCGUCUUCAUCGUGGUCUGGCUGGCCGGCGACGUCUUCAACAUCCUCGGCGCCAUUCUCCAAGGCGUCCUACCCACCAUGAUCAUACUGGCCGUCUACUACACGUUGGCCGACGUCGUUCUGCUGUGUCAGUGCUUCUACUACCGUGGCUUCACCUUGAGCGACGGAGUCAAACACGCCGCGUCCAACGGGGACGCCGAGACUCGGCCCCUGUUGCACAGCGGCUCCGUCACGCAGCCUCCGUCCCGGGACGAGAGCGGACCUGCCUCGACGACGCAGGCGGCGCGUCGACACUCUUCCGUCGACGGACGACACCUCUCGCCCGUCGUGCCGCUCAUCGACCCCCCCAAGCCGUCCGACCCUCCGGCCGUCAGUGCUCUGAAGCCUUCCAGCCCCGUCCAGACGGCCGUCUUCAACACCUUUGCCGUCCUCCUCGUCUGUGCCGCCGGGGUUCUGGGCUGGUGGAUCGGCAACCACAAGUCCCACCGUCACCACAGCGUCAAGGACGACGAGCCGGACAAGCUCGAGUUUGACACCAUGGGCCAGGUCUUUGGGUACCUCUGCGCCGUCCUCUACCUCGGGUCGAGAGUGCCACAGCUUCUUCUCAACUACAAACGCAAAAGUACCGAGGGUGUGUCGCUGCUUUUCUUUCUGUUUGCCUGUCUCGGAAACCUCACGUACGACAUGUCCAUCUUUGCGUACGCCCCUGUGUGUGCCCGUCCCGGUCACUGUCAACCCGGCGAGGAAAAGUCGCUGUAUCUUCGAUACAUUGCGGUCAACGCGAGCUGGAUCGCCGGUAGUCUGGGCACGCUGUUGCUCGACAUGGCCAUCUUUGUUCAAUUUUUCCUGUACAAAAAGGAUGAUGAUGAUGAUGAUGAAGAUGAUUAUGCGGAUGUUGCGGCCGACGGGCAUGAGCGAUAA